GGGCCGAGUGGCCAUGAUGUACCUGUUUUCAAUCUGCAAUUCCUUACAGGGGUUCUUUGUGUUUCUGUUCCACUGCUUGAUGAAGGAGAACGUGAGGAAGCAGUGGAGAAUCCAUCUGUGCUGCGGACGUUUUAGAUUCACCGAUAACUCAGACUGGAGCCGCUCUGUAACGGUGUGCGGCCGCUCCGAGAAAGGCAAUCUCAUUAACUCUGAUUCAGUUGCCUCGGACAACACCUCGUCCCUCAGAUCACCGACACCGCCACAAAACCACCAUCACGACAACAACACCAGGGGACAGGACUGAGGCUACGGCAGGGAGAGGUCAAAUCAUCCUAUUUGUGGAGAGUUGCACACGUCACCUUCAGAACUUCUUCACCUUAAAUGUCAGCAGAAAGAACUGAACACUGAUGGUUAGCUUAAUUUAAAUUAAAUAAGUCUUGUUUGUAAAGUUCAUCUUGUGUACCGUGUUUU